AUGCCGAGCAUCUCGCCGAGCGCCAAGAGCGGCGACGGCAGCAGCAAGCCGAUGCGCAAGACCAAGUGCCGCAACGCGUACCAGCGAGAAAUGCAGCGCAUCUACCGCAAGGCCGAGGCCGACGAGCGGCAGCGGCUACGGGACCAAGCGGUGGCGCUCGAGGCCACGCUCGCGGCCAUACGCCCGGCUGCCAGCACGCUCCUGCCGUGGCAGCACGUCGCGCGAAGUCUACGCGACGAGCUCGAUGCUAGCCGCGAGACACACGCCGAGCUGCGCCGGCGACUGCGGCGAGUCCAUCUCUUGGCGCACCUCAUGCACGCGUAUGCGUCGUCCGUGCUUGCGUCGUCGGCGCUUCUGCGCGGACGCACCGAGACGUGGCAGCAUCAUCUUUUUGACAUUGCCGUCUCGGACACGGACGCGACCGUGGUCAUUCGCCACCAGCGGCUCGUGGCGCGGCCGCUGCACGUCCUCACCGCAGCGUACCAUGCGUUUUUCAUUGGCGGCAACGGCUUUGGCUAUGCCAUCGAGGACCUCGACCUUCUGCCGGCCACUGAAAACAUGGUGUACCGACGGCGCAACGUCGGCAACCACGUCCUUGGCGACAUGCUGCAGAACUACGUCCACCGCCAGUUUGCCACGCGGACCCGGUCUGUGCUUGUGGCGCGGAACAUCCUCUCGGACGACAAGGUGCCCCUCGGCCUCUACAAGCGCGACGCCUCUGGCUGGGUCGUUGCGACAGCGAUGGAUGCCGACACGACGCUCGUUCAAGAGGUCUGGAGCAUCUGCCCGCUCCUCAAAGGCGCCGCCAACGACGUCGCGCCAUUUGCCGACGAAGCGUGCUUGUACGGCCUCGACCUGCGCACCCUGCCGCCCGCGCUGCACUUUUCUUCGCUCCAGCAAGCCGUCCACCGCCUCGGCCAAAGCGUGCUCGCAAAGCGGGCCCAAUUCUUCGACAAUGUUCGAUGA